AUGUCCGUAAGCAAUGUCUAUGGACAAGGCGAACCAAAACAGGGAUGGACAUCAUCUCCUGAUAGCAGAGGAACACUUGACAUCCUCUGGGGCUCGUCGAUGACUUCGUUCCUUUGCUGUUGGUCAAUUCUCUGCAUCAAUGUCCCUCCGCGAGAAGACUCAAGGCGAGUCGUCCUCACUCGGAAGCUCCUCAUGGCCUUGGCUACUUUAUUUGCCCCCGAGUGCAUCGUUGUGGUCGCAUUUGGACAAUAUCUCUCAGCCCGUCGAUCUGUCAAGGACUUUGCAGCUGCAGGAAUCAGUCACUGGACGAUGCGUCACGCGUUUGUUGCUGAUAUGGGUGCCUUCCUGCUUCAAACCCCUGACUGGCUUCCAUUCCCCGUUAAUGCACAGCAACUUUUGUGGCUUAUUCAGCACAAUUACAUUGAAAUUCCGCGACAACAAAUCCAAUCCAUUAUUGAUAAGAACAAGGCCGAUGGGUUUAUGCGUCUUAUCAUGGCAGCACAAACAAUAUGGUUUUGUGUAAACAUCGUUGGGAGACUCGCGCAAGGCCUUGCCAUAACGGCUAUUGAGGUCACUACCGUUGCGUUUAUCUACUGUGGAUUAUCCAUCAUGUUCUUCUGGCGGCACAAGCCUGCCGGCGUUGAAACUGUUGAGAUAUUACACAGCCGUGCGAGUCUAGCAGAUAUACUCAUAGCUGGGGGGGAUGCUGCGCGCCAUCCUUACUACGAGACACCACUGGACUUUAUAAAUCGCAAAGAAUGGGCGUGGUCCAAAUAUCUAGCACAUUGCAGACAGGCGAUUUCUGGCCGUUUCAAAGCCCAUAGAAAACCUGCGAACCAUAUUAGCAGUUUGACAACUCCGGAAAUCCCGUUUAAUUUGUUUCGCCUUGGGACCAUCGGUGUCAUGGGGUAUUGCUGCCUCUUUAUUCCGCCUUGGAACUCGAGCUUUCCUACAUUGGAGGAGCAGCUUUUGUGGAGGGUUUCGACGGUGGGCUGUCUAGCAUCACUAGUCACAAUGGAACUACUCACCGACUGGGUUUUCUACCUGUGGCCCGCCAUCCAAAGAAGAUGGAGGACUAGUAGAAGGCAGUCAAAUCGCGAACGCGAGCCAACGGGUGAUUCAGGUGUCCGCCGAGCGCACGAGAUUUCAGCGCAAGCUGGACAACAGGCCCCGACCACGAUGCUAUGGAAUAGAUUGAGGAACAACUCACCUUCUAAAGACCCGGAUUUAGCUAUUCCAUUGAAAGUGGUUGUCGCUUUAUGGGUCUCCGGGUUAAUCUACACCGUCUGCCGAGUCUACAUAUUAGUCGAAGACUUUGUUGAGCUUCGGGCACUCCCGGCCAGUGCUUUCAAGACGGUGGACUGGUCUCAAGCUUUUCCCCAUAUGGGUUAG